AUGGCGCUGAGAUCUGCUUUUAGUCAACUUGAAGAGGAAUUGAUUGAACUCUUUGAGACAGAUUACCCACAACUCCAGCUGUGCUUAGAGAAUCCGCUUGGUAUCUUCAAAACAUAUGAUGAAAAAUUCAAAAGUGCUACUACAGGAUCUAGACAUGGAAAAGUAGCAGAAUUAGCUGGAGGGGUCAUGAUGGUGGUGGGAGCAGCUUUAGCUCCAGUUACUCUGGGGGCUUCUGCUCUUGUUGCAGGAGCAGGAGCAGUGGCGGUCACCGGUGGUGCGAUUGGUCAGAGAGGCUGGAACAAGAAGAAAAAGUCCAUGAAGACAAAUUUUAAACAAGACCUUGAAGCUGCAAUGAAUGAAUUUCAGAAUAAAAUCAUUCCUAUGAACAACAUGAUGAAAAACAUUAAUCGGCGUCUUGAGGAAAUACUGAGAGACAUUAAUAACCCAGAGCAUGAUGUCAGUUAUUUAAGUAAAUACUUCGCCGCCGGCAGUGAAUUAGUACGCUUCAUUCGAAAAUAUGAUGUUGGUGGAUUGGCUGCACCAAUAUCUGAAACUGUGCGUUUGACUGAAAACAUCACAGGAAUUGUUUUUAGGAUUCGCUCUGUGCUUCUUGAAAGAGUCUCAGUUUGUGAUGAAAGUGAGGUGCUCAAUGACAUGAGGAAAGAAUUUAACACAUUACAGACGUUCAUGGGAACCAUUAGAAUAACAACAUGCGGAAUAAUAAAUCGAGGUACAACACACUCUCAGAAAUAAAGGUACAGCAGCUGUCACUGGGGCGGUACCUUUUCAAAAGCUAUGCUUUUGUACCUAUUAGGGUUCUAAUUAGUGGUGGAC